AAACGUGCUACCGCACAGGUAUGUGCUGUCCCCGUACCAUCGUCGGAGCUUAUGGCGUCAUUCCGCGUUAGAUGGCUAUCAGCGAGAAUGAGCCCAACCAGCAGCCAUUCGCUCUUUGAUGCCUACGGCAUCGUUCGUCUUCGCUGUGGGCUUGUAGUUACCGCUCGACCUCUCUCAUUGCCCUUACAACCCAAGCGAUGCGUCUGCCAACCGUCUUCCUCGUUGCUCUCGUAGGCGGAGCGGCAAACGCUCAGACGAACGCUGUAACAGACAGCGCGUCCGAACUUAUCUACCUCUCUUCGAGUGCUACCAUGACCUCGUCGGCGACUGGGAGGCCUUUAUCUCCAACAUGCGGAAUCGAACGCUGCAUACCCGGUGGUCUCUUCUUCGGUUGCACCGUGUCAGACUUUCCCUGUAUUUGCACGAAGGAACGCCGCUUCGUCGACGACUACAUCAACCUAGUGUCACCUUGUAUCAAGGAUCAACAUGGCUGUACGCCUGGAGGCAUUUAUACUUUCAUGGAUGCGUUCCAGUAUAUCUGCGCGUAUUGGGGGAACCCGCUUACGAGCUUGCCGAGCGAUAUUGAGACAUGGCUGAUGAGUAGGUAUGCGACUAUGCCGGCUUCGACGCAUACGGCCGUGGCUUCUACGAUCGUAUCCAUAACAGCAAGCGAAGGACGGCCGUCCACUGUAUUUCCACUUCCUUCCAGCGCACCGCCGACCGCUACAAGCACGGGCACCUACCCCUUGUCUUCCUCUCGCCUCUCUACGGGAGCGAAGAUUGGUAUUUCACUAGGCUCGGUCUGCGCAGCUAGCUUGCUAGUCGGCAUACUAGCGGUGGCGUAUAAGCGACGGAAGGCUGGACCGCGGUUUGACGAUCAGACGCCCGACAUAGGGAAUGCUGAAGCGCAUCAGCCUGCCAUGCGGGAUAGUAUUCCAGUGUCGGAACUUGAAGGAAGUGCAGGGGUGUAUAAGGACGACGUGGAAAAGGAGAAGGAGAAGGCGACUCGUCAGAGUGUUCCCGUGUCAGAACUUGAGGGGGAUGUUGGGUUCGAGAGGGCAGCGGUGUAAGAUGGUGGAACAACGGGAUACAUAGGCUUACGCAUGAGAGGCUGGUUGAGCCUGAUUUGGACCACGUUGUCGCGCAUACCAACGCGGCACAGGCGACAGCAUGCCCGAAAACAAACUUGCUUUGUUAGCGGCCGAACAUUCUUCUGUUAUUUUUCUCGCGGUAGCUGGCUUUUCUCUUACCGCCAACUAGUCAACAUCGCUAUGGUCAUCCGAACGGUUUCAUUCCAUCGUCAGUCACGGAGGGCUACGGCUGCAGAGAGCUCAGGCACCCCGAUAGCUAGCGUAAAGCCUCGUGAAGGCGGACCUCUGCAACAAACGCAAGAUCCUUCAGACUCUGGUUCCGUUAUCGUCACAGAAAUUGAUUCCACGACGGCGACGGUCAUUGUGGACCCGGGAGAAACGACGAACGGUGGAGGAAGCCCAAUU